CUCUUAUCGCCGCUGGCUUUACGCAGCGAGCAGCAAACGGAGGCAGAGCGGAUCAAUUUGGAGCCACGGCGGUUGAUCGGGAUUAUGCGGCGACGCUGAUUGCUGCAUCGGCUGAACUCACCGUCUCCCCAUCGAGUCCAUCAGCUGUGACGUCGCCUCAGUCUCCAGGUGAUAGUCCGUACCCGGCCUGUAUGCAGCCUGUCCAGGGCCCGGCCUAAUUCCUGGUGCUCCUUCUUUCCCACCACCUCCUCCUCCCUCCUUUCCCUACCCUCCUCCCCCUCCACACACACACACAUUGGUGUCUCACACACCAAUUCCCAGAGUUUAGCCCGGACCGGCGGCCUGGCUGGCUGCCCCCCUACAGGUGGAUGAAUGAAGACCCCUUUCAAGAGCCCAGCGGCCCCGCGGCCCCGAGCAGACGGGGGACAUUCAGGCGUUUCUGCAAACAUGAUGAAGAAAAAGAACUCGCACAAGAAACAGAGGACCAGUGUUGGUCCCAGUAAGACUCUGGCUCAGCCCAGAAGGAACAUAGUGGGCUGCAGGAUCCAGCACAUCUGGAAGGAAGGCAGUAAGUCGUCCCAGUGGAAGGGGACGGUCCUGGACCAGGUCCCUGUUAACCCCUCCCUCUACCUGAUCAAAUACGACGGCUUCGACUGCAUCUACGGCCUGGAGCUGUACAGCGACGAGCGGGUGGUGGGGCUGGAGGUCCUGCCCGACAGAGUGGCUCCGGCCCGUGUGAGCGACUCGAUGCUGGCGGAGACGAUGAUCGGGAAAGCGGUUGAGCACAUGUUCGAGACGGAGGACGGGCCGAAGGAGGAGUGGAGGGGGAUGGUGCUGGCCCGGGCUCCCAUCAUGACCUCCUGGUUCUACAUCACCUACGAAAAAGACCCGGUCCUCUACAUGUACCAGCUCCUGGACGACUACAAGGAGGGAGACCUGCGCAUCAUGCCCGACUCCAAUGACACUGUGGCGGCGGAGCGGGAGCCCGGCGAGGUGGUCGACAGCCUGGUGGGCAAACAGGUGGAGUACGCCAAAGAGGACGGCGGGAAGCGGUCGGGUAUGGUCAUCCACCAGGUGGAGGCCAAGCCCUCCGUGUACUUCAUCAAGUUCGACGACGACUUCCACAUCUACGUCUACGACCUGGUCAAAACCUCCUAAGGCCCGAAAACCCGGUCCGGGACUCCCCGAAAAAAAAGACUUAACCGAGACCUGCCUAGACCCACCGAACACCCCACCAGAACCCCCCAGUGAAGAACUCCAGCUAGGGUUUAAAACAUCUUGAGACUCCCCGCGAUGUACGGAGACGCCUGAGACAGACGAUAUCCAUUCUUCACUUGUUCUUUUAUCAAACGCCUUAAAAAAAAGAAAAACGAUGGAAGUUCAGCCCCGUCACCAAGACCGAGACCAGCUACUAGACUCACUGCGGUGGAUCCAGUCAUCAUCAUUUUAUCCAGAUUUCUUUAGACUCUUUCAGGACGCUUCCUCCGACAUCUUCUGAAACGUAAAAACUGGUUCGAGAGCCCCGAAGAAGACCGAGCGAUCCGGGUUUAUUUGGAUGAGCUGAAACUAAAAUCGCACAAAAAGAAAUCUGGUUCAGUUUGAGAGUUUUGACUUCGACAACCUGAGACGUCCUGAGAUCAUUCGUUCCAGAGUCAGAGCAGGUCUGGAACCACAGAAAGACCUCCUCCCCCUUUUCCUGAAACCCUGUCAGACCGUUAGAGACCUCCGCUGUCAGAGGAAGGGGGUGGACAGGUCUGAGUCUGCCGGGGUUAAUGAAGGGAUGGGACUUACAGGAAUACAGCGCCCCCCCUGUAGAUGAAGCUGAACGCUCGUCUGUCUUCUUCAUCACGGGAGGAGCUCGUGUCCAAUCACAGAGCAUCUUACAGGCCCCGCCUCCCUGCAGGUCACCUGACCCACAGAGACUGAGGCUGAGUGGAAAAAACCGGAGGACACAGACUCUUUUCUUCUUCCAUUCUUUUAUCAUUUGUCUUUUUCCUGUUGCUGUCGAUUCCUACAUUACCCAUAAUGCCUUUUACUGGGAGAGGCUCAGGUGAUCAGGCAUCGGUCAAAAUGGCCUGUUAGCGCCGUUAGCCGUCCUUAUGAAGCCGGCUAACUGCUAGUCACAGGUAGCGCUCGAGGCUGCUGCACAGAUUGAGUUUGAGUAGGGAUGCUAAUGAUGCUAACGAGCUGUUGUUUAAGUUUAAUUAAAGAGCAUUAAGUCCGUUUCAUUUGUUGGGGAAACUUUUCUGUUGAGCAGUUUUAGCUUUUUCUAGUUAUUUAAACAAAAUGUCAACAAUGAAGCUUUGACGGAUUCUGAUGUUUUUCACCUGUAAUCAAUAUUUUUAUGUUUGUGCCAAAAAGUAUUAAAUGUUUCAGAUAAA